UGAGGACGGGGACCAGCGGAGAGGGGCGGGAGGGGGGUGCCGGGCAGGGCGCUGCUCCUACCCGCGGCAGCAGCGGCGGCACGCCCGGCCCUGCCCGCGCCUCCCGGGCGGCGGGGCGUAGUAGGGGGAGUGCCGGCCGCCCGGGUGCGGAGCCGCCGGACACCGCCGCAUAAAAGCCGCGGUCGUGCCGCUCUGCGCUUCCUCGGCUCGCCUCGGCUCGGCUCGGCUCGGUCCGGGGCGGAGCCGCUCCGACGGCCACAUGACAGCCGAGAACCGGCUGCCGCCGGGCCCCCCGCCGCCGCCCCCGCCGCUGAAGGCGGACGCGGUGCCGCCGGGAGACGAGGCGGCGGCGGCGGCGGGGGCGCGGGGCGGGCGGCGCCGCCGCAAGCGUCCGGCGGAGCGGGGCAAGCCGCCGUACAGCUACAUCGCCCUCAUCGCCAUGGCCAUCGGGCAGGCGCCCGAGCGGCGACUGACACUCGGCGGCAUCUACCGCUUCAUCACCGAGCGCUUCCCCUUUUACCGCGACAGCCCCCGCAAGUGGCAGAACAGCAUCCGCCACAACCUCACCCUCAAUGACUGCUUUGUCAAGGUGCCACGGGAGCCCGGCCGCCCCGGCAAGGGCAACUACUGGACGCUGGACCCUCACGCCCGCGACAUGUUCGAGAGCGGGUCCUUCCUCCGCCGCAGAAAACGUUUCAAGCGCAGCGACCUCUCCACCUACCCGGCCUUCCUCGCCGAGCGCCCCGCCGCUCCGUGCCGCCUCCUCCCGCUGCCGGUCCCGCCGCCCCCCGCCGACCUGCCCCCGGCGCCCGCCGCCGCCUCCUGCGCCUUCGCCAGCGCCUUUCCCGCGCAGGGCUGCGCCUCCGCCGCUCUGCCUCCCGCCUACGCCCCGCUGCCCACCGCUCCCGGGCCCUACGCUCCCGGGGGCCACGGGCCGCUGUACGCGCCGUCAGGGCGCAUCGUGCUGCCCGCAUCUUCGCCCGGCCCCCCUGCGCUCUACGGCCGCCGCUCUCCCGCGCCCUACCCGCCGCUGCCUCACGCCUACGGCGCCGGAGGGCAGCUGAGUGCCGCCGAGCCCGCACCGCGGCACGGCACCUACUCUGGAGGUCCCGACAGGUUCGUCCCGGCGCUCUGACCUAUCCCGGAGAGGCCCGACAGAGCGGACUGGAGCCCGGGAGACGGCCGAGUGCGGGGGUUGCCCGGCGCUGCCCAGGAAGAUGCUGAAGAACCUUGGGCUGCACCUACGCACUCUGUCAUCUGCCCAGGCUUCCUGGCGAGGAAUGUCGCAGUCAGCCCUAGGGACGUGGGGUGUCCUGUCCAGCCCUGUCCGCUCUCGGCAGAAAAGUCCUAGGGACUCCCAAGUGCUUGGAUGGGACAAGCAGUCUCUUCUACAGCCUUUCCUGGAGCAGGUGCUCACAGCUUCCUGCCAGGCUCCCACCCUCCCGGCACACCCAACCGGGCCCCUUCUGGUCUACCCAGGAUGAUUUAAUGUUUAAAAGUCUCUCUGCUGUUGAUGAUUUUUUUUUUUUUUUCCUUUUUUUUUGAGAGAGAGAAUUAAACGUCUGUUGGUGAGGUGAAGGAAGGAGGCAGGAGGAAUCAUUCCCUGGCAUUGUGCAGGCAAAGCUGUAAAAGCAGAAUGCAUGGCACUGAUGCAGUGGCAUGUCCCUGAUGACUCUUGCUUUAGUGCCAGGCUUUACACCAGUGGUGUGGCCAAGCCUGGAGAAGGUUUGGAUGCCAGGGCUGCAGAAAAACACAUCAAUUCACAUUCUUCGAGGGGUUGUGCUCUGUGCUUCAGGGGCGGGAGCAGUGGUGGGAUUAGAACUAUGAAAAUUUCUACCAUGAGCAUGCCCAGCCCCUGGAAGAGGGACACAGGGAGGCUGUGGGACCUCUGCCUUUGGGGGUCUUUCCAGCUUGAUAGGACGGAGUCUGAUCUGCCUCUGAAGUCAUAGCUAACAUUGAAUCUGGACUUGUUUUGAGUGGCAACUUGAUCCUGAGGUCUGCAGAGGUACUUACAGCCUAAAUUACUUUGAUUGCAAGAUCUGUCUGUAGCCUAGAGAAAUUGGCAUAUAUAGGAGAAAACUUGUUUCUGGAACACAAGAGGCAGGAUACAGUGCCUUUUCAUCUUCAGUUGCUCCACUUCCAAGCUUUCCGGGGAUGGAAAAGAGUCUGGAGAAAGAUAUGGAGAGGGAACAACUAAUAGGAAAGUAUGUGAGACAAAAGAUUGAAACUAAAUCUGUGGGGAAACUCAAGCAUACCCUUCCCAACAGAUCCCACUGCUCUGGAAAACGAUCUGGAGCAGUAGUGGGUACCCAGGGCUCUGCUUGGGGCUGUGGUUAUAGAGGGAGCCAACACACCCCUGCUUCCUGGUCUUCUCAUACAGCUUCUUUUUCCUGUGGAGGUGGGGAACUUGUAUCCAGGGCCAGGAGGAUGUUGGUGAGAAGAUCCUGCUGUGUGGUGGGGCCUUGUAUGGGGAGAGGAAACAAGAAAGUGCAGUCAGAACCUCAGCAGGGGCUUUGGAAGGACAGGAUGCACAUACACCAAAGUCUCCUUAUCAGAGAAGAGUAUACAUCAUAGUAUAACUCAGGUUGGAAAAGAUCUUGGGAAAUUUCUGUUCCAAUCUGGUACCCAAAUCAGGGUCAGCUAUGACUCAGCCCUGUGUAGUUGAGUCUUCAUCACCUCCAAGGCUAGAGACGGCACAGUCUCUUUGGACAACCUGGCUGUCCUUGUGGGGGAGAAGUUUCUCCUUGUACCCUCCAUUUAGCACUUCUCUAGUCUCAUUUAAUGUUUACUGUCUCUUGUCUUACUGCUGUGCUUUGCUGCAAGGAGUUUUUGAUCCCAUGAAGACCCUGUAUCUUCUGCUCUGCAUUUUUCAGAUGAGGUCCUCAGCAGGAUGACAAUUGUUUUGAGCCAGCUUUCUUGAUUUCUGUGGCUGCUGUGGUACACAUAUGCAGGUGGGACAUGAGAGAGGAAAUAGAGGGGAGCAGGAAGGUGGUUGGGUGUCCUCACAGCACAGCUUGGAGUGGAGAAGAGUAAAGCCUUCUUCAGUAGGUGGGCAGGAGAAGUUGUACUUCUGCCUUCCGUGGGGCUGUGAGGCAGGAGAUGAGUUUUGGACCCAAGGGUUCAGAGUGCCAGGGAUGGCAUGUGGUCAGGCAGCGUCUGGGCUGGGAGGCUGAGUGACCUGACAGCACUGCCCUGUGUCCGUGUAGACCUGUCUGUGGCACUGCAGGAAGCUGUUGUCCCUACACAGAGCUGGGGAGGCUGCUCCAUGUAUGGAGCCAGUGGGGGGCAAGCACAGACAGCAAGUGUAAGCACCACUCAACUCUUUGGUGUGCUGAGGCCAGUCAGAUUUUUCCCUUCCUAUCCUUUCCAAAGAGGCAUGUUCUAUCUUCCUGGUUCUUCCUGGUCCUGGCACAUCCAGAAGCUGAGAGGGCUGUCUCAGCCAGGGGCAGGUCUCCUCAGCAGCUGUGCUAACACCUUUCCCAACUCUGCCUUCACCAUCUGGAAGAGGACUAUACACCCAGCUGUGCCAGCUCCUAGUAUUUUUGAUAGCUGCUGGCUCUGCUUUCAUUGCCUGCAAAGACUGGACUGUGUCGCUUGGACAGCAAGCCAUGCCAACCUCUUGCUCAUUUAAGGGUAGAUAGGAGAAGAGCUGUCCUACCUUUUAAUGUCUUUCUUUCCUUCCUGUAGAAGCAGUUAUCAAUGCGGACCAGAUAAUUUUCAUAGAAUCAUAGUAGUGCUGGGUUGGAGGGACUCAUCGGGAUCAUCAAGUCCAGCUCCUGUACGUGUGCAGGACACCCCAAGAAUCAUACCAUGUGCCUGAGAGUAUACUCCAAAUGCUUCUUGAUCUCUGUCAAGCUUGGUGCUUGCUCCCUGGAGAGCCUGUUCCAGUGCUCAGCCACCGUCUGGGGUGAUAUCCAACCUAAACCUCCUUCCAUGCCUCCAGGAAUCGUUGGUCUCGAGUGAAGACCUCAGAUGUCUUCUGGCCCUUGUUCCUCUCAUUUUGUUCUCUGCUUCAGCCCUCAUGCCAGUUUAGAGUUCAGUCUAAAAAAGGUCACAAAUGAUGUUACAGGUUUAGGGAAAGAUGUUUCUGAACUCAGAUAGCAUGUAGGCAGUUCAGGGAGCAAAGCUCAGUGUCUGAAGGACAAGCCUGACAGAUCUUGGUGACUUAGAAAGCACAGAUUGGUAGGUUGUGUGUUGUUUGCAGAGAAGGUCUAGAUGCUCGUUCUUGUUUCUCUCCAGAUCUUUUGUACCUACAAACUAAGGAAACUGGGCAUAUCUAGAUGGUAAUUUUUUUUCAGGUGGUGCAGCGAUGACCUUGCUGCAUUGAGAACCUGAGACAUGUCAAAAACUGCUUAAAAUUUGGUCACAAACAGCUAGAAACCCAGGUCAGAACUGUGAAGAGCUACUGGGACCAUUCAAAGGACUCUAUAUCUGUGUGGGGUCUGCGCUUGGAGCUUUUUUAGGCAAAGCCAGCCUUUGCUAGUGCUGGCAGUACUCCAACCUCUCAUUUGCAGCAGGCCUGGAGACUCCAGCAAUCCCUUCCCACCAGCACUGCUGUGGUUUUUUGGCUAUUGCAACCUCUCUGGGCUGUCAUGUAGGCUCAGGUGCCAAGGGUGUGCUGAACACUGUGGGUCUGUCCAAGCUGUGCCUUGUGGCACUGAGAUGUGCUGCCCCUGUGCCCACAUGUGACAUGGGACUGCCUGGCCACUGGCAGAGGAAGAUAAUGCUUGUUGUGUCCUUGGGGAGCCAGGGGUUUGGGCCUUUCUGUGAGGAUAUGGGGAUAUGCCAAGGGGAUAUGUUAGACAACUGGAUUUCAGUGUAUGCUUGUGCCAUGGGGAUAUGUUAAACAUGUGGAUCUCAAUGUGUUUUUGUUUGGCACAUUGCUUGUAAUUCUCAGGCACCACCAAGAAUAAGAAAAAGAUAUGAUUUCUGUAGGUUUUAUUGUAAAUAUCUAAGAGCCUUCCUUUUAGCAAAGUUAGUCUAAGUUUCCAACUACUCUUUUGAUUUCUGUCAGAAGAAUCCAAUAAAUCUGGAUUGUAAACCUUUCCUACAGAAAGUUUUAUAUGUGAGCAUUGAUAGAAGAGAGAGGGGCCUUGAAAAUGCUCAUUCCUCAAAGGACAUAGCCUCUCGGUUCCUCUUCUGCCCAAGUUCUGCUGUAGACUCCCCAGCAGCUUUGAGAAGGAAGUGGACUGUACAGCCUAGGAGAACAUUAUAUUCUGUAUUGGAGAUUUUUUUUUGGGUUGUUUUUUGUAUUUACUCUUCUACUUCACUGGAAAUGGAAAUAAAUCUUUGCAUUGUUUGCAAUGAA